AUGGCUACUAUGAGCCGUUUUACUUGGAUUUCUUCGAGUCAGCAGAUGGCACUGGCGAACCGUUACCAACAGAUGAGGUGUACAUCCAGGGCUUUAUCAACCCUGGUGUCAAGAUCACUCAGCCUCAGAGCAAUCGCGGGCGCCACUUCCUUCAGUACAAGCCAAAUCAGCAGAACUGGGGCGUGUCUUGGACGGAACAUCAAGUGCCUCUCAUCUACAGGGAUCUUGGCAGUGAGAAGGUCAUACGCUCGGCAUUGCACAGAGCUCGACCAAACCAUGUGCCGCAGGUGA